AUGAGCAGCUCCAGCAGUUACCACCCCGAGGAAAGCGAAGACGCCUCUGAUUCCGAGUUCGAAACGAGACAAUCAACCGCUACAAGAUCCUCAGCAGCACCCUCUUCGCGAUCGCAUGGUACUGAGUACUCCGCGCGCGAACUUCGUCGAAAUGCAUCCAGAUCCGAACGCCGGAAAGCUCGCAAUAGGACGCGGGAGACGGCAUACUGGGACUUGCGCCAACAGCUCCCCGGUGAAUCGAUGGGAGCUUAUACGGAACUUCUCGAAGAGACAAAUAUCGAUCUUCCUCCCGUUGAAUCAGAAUUUGGUGGCAGUGGGAAUUAUAACGUCACGCAAAACGGAAUCGUGAUAUGGACCACCCAGGAAAAAGAGAUCUUCUUCGAUCUACUGGACAAGAAAGGCAAGAACGGGGUAAAGGAUAUUGCACAAGCCAUCGGCACCAAAUCAGAACUCGAGGUUCAGGAACAUCUCAAACUUUUGCACAGGGGUCUGGAACGGCAGCAUCUGAGGGAUCGUCAUGCGCGCACGGUUAUUUUGGGCGAUGUUCCGGCAGCUACAGAGGUUGGGGAGAAAUGUGGGAGGGCACUUGACAAGUAUUCGGAGCUUUUGUGCCUUGAGGAGCAGUAUCUGGGGGAUGUUGCUGGGAGGAAGAGGCACUACAAUGCGUGGAUUAUUGAUCGAGGGAAGGCAGAGGAGAUAGAUGAGCAAAUUGACGAGGAGGAAGACGCUGACGAAGAGGGAGAUGAGGAAGCAGACGCAACAGAACAUGAGGAAAGCGAAGACGAAGAAAGCGAAGAAGAAUUCCACCUCUCUGCAAGCCUUUUUACCAUGUCAAAAUGGAUCCGCCUCUCUGAACGCUUCUUCAUGAAUUCUAGCGGUUCCCGAAUCCCAGACAACUGGACCAAGAUCGCCUAUCCAGGCGAAACCCCCUCAAUAACCGCAGACGCGUUCACAGACCUUUACUCCAUAGCCAUAAGUCUUACACGACGACUAGUUCAUUCAUCACUGUUCUUCGCCAUGUCACGAAUACGCCAGAUGAGGGAUUCUGGCGGCCGUCAGAAGGCCAGAUUAGUGAAGUCCCAGGAUGUUAGGACCGCACUUGAUGUACUCAACAUGAAGCAGGAUCGGUCUGACUACUGGAUUGGGUUGGCGAGAAGAUGUCAUCUGGAUGUAAUGGAUGCGAGACAUCAGAAGGGGUGGAAGAAUGUCCGAAUGAGCCAUAAUGAAGUGGAGGACUAUCUAUCUGGGGAUUUACCCAAGUCUUCUGAUGAGAAAGACAAAUCAAAACCAAGUCAGGAACACGCAGGCAACCCGACAGAUAACGACGACAACGACUCCGUCCUCUCAGACGUCCACUCCUCCCCCGACCCGAUACCAGAAGAACAACUAUACUUAACUUUCGAAGACGAACACGCAGAAACAGUUGACCAAAAAGCAAGCAAAAUAGAAGAACAACGCCUCUGGAGAGUCCUAAGCCAUCCAGCACCAGUCGAUCUCGAUCCGGAAAUAAAACCCGAAGGCGAAGACCUAGAAACAUUACGAAAACCGAUUGGAGAGCGCAAGACAAAGGAAGAUCUUGUCGACUGGCGCGAUAGGACUCUGUACCGCGGUGAAUGGGAGGAAUACGGAAACGAUGUCUUUGAUGUAUAUGAGGAGUUAUCGGAAAACCGACGGAAAAGACGACGCAUC